CGCUUCCGGCCGGCGCGGGGUCGCCGGGCCCUGGACUCGCCGCCUCGGCCCGGGACGCCGGACGGAGGACUGGGGCGGCGCAGGGGGCGCGGCGGCCGGGCCGGAGCCCCGCGUCCUUCCCGCUCCCCGACUUGGCCGGGCUCCGCGCGGAGUUUCGGGUGACAGCUGCCCUGCUGGCUUCUGCGUGGCCAUUUAAGCCGCGUGCUUCGGGCGCUCGGCCGGGAGGAGGGGAACGGCCGAGCCCGGCCACUGCCCGCGGCGGAGGCCACGGUGCUGCCGUGGCCCGGGCAGAUUCCCCCCCGUGUCGAGAAGCGCAGCCCCAGCCUCGGGGCUGGAAAAGUUUGCACCGCUCCUCACAGCGAGCAGCAGUCCUAACCCCGCUCCUGCCGUGCGGCCCGAGGAUAAGCUGGGCUCUGCCUCCCCUUCGGUGACCCUGGAAGUGGCGAGGCCGCUGGACGGGUUGCUCUAGGUCGUAACCAGCCUUUGAAAAAGGAGAAACCAAAAUGGAAAAGUGAUUAUCCUAUGACAGAUGGACAACUGCGCAGCAAGAGGGAUGAAUUUUGGGACACUGCCCCGGCUUUUGAAGGCCGUAAAGAGAUCUGGGAUGCCUUGAAGGCUGCUGCACAUGCCUUUGAGAGCAAUGACCAUGAACUGGCACAGGCGAUCAUUGAUGGUGCAAACAUCACGCUACCGCACGGUGCGCUUACAGAGUGCUACGAUGAGCUGGGGAACAGGUACCAGCUGCCAGUCUAUUGCUUGGUCCCACCAAUCAACAUGAUAGAGGAGAAGAGUGACAUAGAGACUCUGGACAAUCCUGAGCCACCACCCAACUCGGGGUACGAAUCUCAGCUGCGUUUGCGCCUUUCCACGGGCAAAGACCUCAAGCUCGUGGUGCGCAGCACAGACACGGUAUUCCACAUGAAGAGACGGCUGCACGCGGCAGAAGGCGUGGAGCCAGGCAGUCAGCGCUGGUUCUUUUCUGGAAGACCCCUCACUGACAAGAUGAAGCUGGAGGAGCUGAAGAUACCAAAGGACUAUGUGGUACAGGUUAUAGUGAGCCAGCCUCUGCAGAACCCAACACCAGUUGAGAACUGAACUGGUCCUGUCUCUGGGUCCGGGUCCCUCUGCUCCUUUUUAUUGUUGUCAUUUCCUGUCUAUGGCGCGAAAUUUAUUUUCACUGCUCUAAAUUCCCUAUGAAUGGAUUUAGUUCUGAGGAAUUACCAGUGAAAAAUUCCAUCUGUGAUGGAGACCAACAAAAAUAAUAAAAGAGCCAGCCUUUGAGACUCAUGUAAUUACAGUCCCUAAUUUGCGAGACAGUUAAGAAAUAAUCAUUUAUUUUAAAACACUCAACAACUAUGUAACGCCUGCAUUUAAAUGAUUUGAACUGUAAAUGGAACACUGCACCAUGAAGAACAGCACCGAGCACCUUUUCAAAGCAGAAUUUUUAAAAUAUACCAAAUUAUAUAAUUUCCAGAAACUAUCAAUAACGGUUACAAAACUUA